UGCUUCCUCUUUGACUUUCUGACAAAAAGUGCUUCAUGUCUUGGCGUGAGCUCCUUCCCCCCUGGCUGGUGAUCGUAGCGGGACUGACGGGCAUCGUGCUGCUCUGCGUCUCCACCAAAGACGUGCCCGUCGCCCCGCUCAAGAUCAAGUAUGGCGUUGUCCUGGAUGCUGGCCCAUCCCGCACCGUCCUGUUCAUCUACCACUGGACCACUACCAAGGCAAACAAGACUGGGGUUAUCACAGAGUGCAGUUCCUGUGUCGUGCCAGGUCCAGGAAUCUCCAGCUACUCAGAUUCACCUCAGAAAGUAGGGAAGAGCUUGGAUACAUGUUUGAACUGGGCCCAGAAAAGGAUCCCAGCAGAGCAGCACAGCCAAACUCCCCUCUACCUGGGAGCAACCACCAGCACGAGGCAGCUGAACCUCAGCCAUCCCACCUUCUCUGACGAUCUCCUCGCAGCCCUGACUGUGGCCCUGAAGUCAACGCCCUUUGACUUUCAGGGGGCACAAAUCCUGUCCAGUCUAAACAAAGAAGUAUUCAAUUGGAUUGCUGUUAACUAUGUCCUGGAGAACUUCUUCAAGUAUGACUGGCAAGGACACUUGGUCCCUUCCGGAAAGGGGAUGGCAGGAGUCCUGUCGAUGGGAGGAACCUCAACACAGCUCACCUCUGGGGAAGAAGGGAACCAGGCGCCAAAGGAGGGAGUGAGGCUGCAGCUGUACGGGCGGACACACAACGUGUACAUCCAGCACUGCCCCUGCCAUGGCACGGACCAGCUCCGCAGGAGGCUGCUCUCUAUGCUCAUACAAGAUCAGAAAAGCGCUAAAACUGUGUCUAAUCCCUGCUGGCCCCUCACCUACUCCCAGGAAGUGCGGUGGCAGUCAGUGCAUGCAGGGCCUUGUGCUGCCAGUGACGACGCAUCGGACAUCCCUGGUCCUGAUGAGGUCUUCAACAUCACCGGCUCCAGCAACCCGUCUGCCUGCGUGACCCUUGUGCACAGCCUGCUCAACUCCUCCUCCUCCUCCUGCAGCUUCCUCACACAUUCCCUCAGCAGUGCUGUCAAGCCCUUGCAGACCAGGUUUCUGGUGAUUUCUGAGGCCAUGGACUUCCUGAGAAAAUCUGUACCCUCUCCUGACUUGGGUCAGGCGGUCAACAAGAUUUGUGGGAUGUCUGUCGAAGAGCUAGUCCAGGAGUCCCAGACAAGCCUGGAUGUAGCUGCUGAUUACUGCUUUGUAACCGCCUUCAUCUUUCAUCUCGGUACAAAGGGAUACACGCUGGACUUCGAUAAGUCUGUUCAGACUGCCUUCCGAGAGAUUGGUGAUCCAUCAUCUGGCUGGACUCUCGGGUACCUGCUGAGUCUCACCAACACCAUCCCCCAGGACAGCCCAGGAGUCCUCAAGGGGAUCGAACCGGGUGUCUGGUCUUUGCUCCUUAUCCUCUUCGUUGUGCUACUCACUGGCUCUUUCAUGCGCAUCUCAUACCGAGUGAUGGUCAAGGAAAACAGCUUCAGUAACAGGAACAGCAGUGUUUUUGAUGACAACUGACUCUUAUUCCAGGACUCUUGCCAGAGGGCAGGGAACAGGGUACAUACAGAAAUCACAUAGGUGUAAUUCACUGGAGGAUGCAAGCGAUUUUCCUUCAGGACUCAAGAGCCUCAGUGCCUUACUUUAGCCUGCUACCAUUUGCACUACUGUACAUUGAGAAAACAGAUCCUGCUCUGCAGGAAGUCUGAGAUUCCCAGUGGAUGUCAAGCUGUAUGUUUUCGAAAUGAGACCAGCUUGUGCAGAUCUUGUUUGGGCUGCGAGUGAGAUUACUAGUGUCUACCUAAUGAAAACAUUCCCUUGAGGAGGCAGGCCCUGAGCAUUGUUGCAAGGUUAAUAUUGAACAAUCCUACCUAAUUAGAAGAGGUGAUAACUGGAAAAGGUGCGCUGUCCUCUUCUCUGGCCACAAGAGAGAAGAUACCUGCAAUGUCUCCACUAAUGAAGACUGGAACAGACUUAAAAUACAAUCAGAAUACAGCAGCCAACUUGCUUUCAUGUUCCAGAGAAGAAGGUUUGUAUUUUCUUCCUGCUACUACUGACCUGUCCUUCCACAUCAGUGACAGUACACAUGCAUCCCUUCCAGUGAAUGCUCCAGCUGACUGAGAAUCCUUCAAAAGCAAUGGGUUUUGGUCUUGGUCCACACAAAACAUACACAACAUCAAAGGAGAAACAAAGAGCACAGACAUGCAGCUGAGUUCCUGUCUCUCAGCUGAGUCAUGGCAACUCAGGGUUAAAAUUGUCAAUUUAAACACUUUAAACAGGAUUUAAAUUAACACAUCUAAUCUCACGUGUUAAAAUCGGGUGCAUGCUGGCCUGAGGUUCCCCAGUUCAUUCAUUUGCACUGAACUGCUUGUCUCACUGCCUCUAGAGUGUGAUGUGUAAUACUGUCCUUUAGAUGAGAGCAGAGCCAGGAACAGAAGCUUUCCCAACCGUCAGUCCAAUGACUUUCAUGUUAGACUGUGACCAAAAUUACUUUAAAAUCCAAUACUUAGGAUUCCUCUGGGACUUGGCAGUCAUUCCAGCUCCUCUGCUCUGCUCUGCUCUCCUAACACAAGGCACUAUACAAAUUCCCCAUGUUAUCGUGAAAGAGGGGAUGGAUUUAGACAAAUGUCCUUUGACUACAGCAUUUAGAGUUCACCUUUCAUAUUGCUUCAGAGACUUAAACACACAAGCUGUUAAAAGCCUGAGGCACAAGUGCCUCCAACUCAUUUCAGACCACUUUAAACAGAAAUUUAAAUGUUCACAGAUGCAAUGAUGUGCCUUGCAGGAUAUUUAAAGCUACCACGGCACCCAAGUCCUUUCGAACCCGGUUAUUAAUCCUUUGUGCUCCUAACUCAUAUAUAUCACCCCCCUGAUUCUUAAUAUUGGUGUAUUCAUAAAUUUUCAGGUCAACUAAUGAAGGGUUGUAACCUGUCAGUCAAGUUUGGAGGGGUGUGGAAACAGAUCGAAACAAGCUUCAUAUUCAUUUCUUUGAGUUACACGUUAGAUAUUUUUAAUUAUAUCAUGUUAUUAAAGAUGUUUUAAUACAC